AUGGCGCGAGCUCCCGAAUUGGAAGCACGAAGCCAGCCUUUGUCGAAAUCGGAGCUCCUGGCUGCUUGCCGCGGCUUUCAAACCGGACGUCGCUUGCAGAAUCGAGGCUACGUGCAGGGGAGGCACCUGUCAUGUGGGGCGACUGGCGAAGUUUUCCUGGGCCGAGUUGCAACAUCGUGCUCAGAGCCUGGAAUUGCGCCACCGGAUUGCCCGCAGGUCGCGCUGAAGCACAUGCGCGCCAUCAAUGCGGGCAUUCAGCGUCAAAUACAGCAAGAGAUCUCCAUGGUCUUCCACUGCCGAGCGAAAUAUGCUGAGGAGGUGGGAGAUCCAGUUUCUCCGGGGCAUCCGUACCUGGUUGCCUACUUGGAUUGGUUUGCAGGACCCACGGGCAUGGAUAGGGAAGUGUACUUGGUGAUGGAGCUCUGUUCCUUUAGCUUGGCUGAUAUGAUUUUUGCUGCAGGCCGGAAGACUGGCCCUGUUGCAAAAGUCCAGUUGGACUCGGGCCGCUUCCGCUUUCCUGAGCUGGAGGUGCUGCGGAACUUGCUGUCGGCCCUUGGUUUUCUGCACCGCCACGGCAUUGCCCACAGGGAUGUGAAGAGCGAGAACAUUUUGUGGGCUCAAGGCCCGGGCCUGAACAGCUGUUACAAGCUGGCAGAUUUUGGCACAGCUGUGCUGCUUGAGGAGGCGGCGAGGCGGCGAGAUGAGACCGGCACCCUGUGGUGCGCUUGGGGAUGGGCGGUUGCAGCGCUCUCCAAGCCCUUCAACUCGAAGGACUACGCAUCGCGUCCUCGCAUGUUCGUACACCUUUCCGAUGUUGCCUCCCUUCAUGGGUCAGACCAUCUUCCAGAAGAAAAUGCCUUAUCGCCACAGCACCCAGCUAAUUUCAUCCUUACUGACCCAGAUGAAUUGCUGGCGUAUCGCAACUCACAAGAGGCUCUUGCUCCCAACAGCUUUUGGCCCUUCAUCCUCGGAGCUUCUGCUGGUGGCACGCCCACGGCAUCCCCUUCCCGAGGAUGCAAGGCGAUACCGUCCUUGCCGACCCACAAGUCGUCCAGAGAUGUGAUGAGGUCCAAUUCCACUGCGCGGCCUCAGCGGAAGGAGAAACGCAGUGUGACCUUGCCUCCUCUGUCCUCGUGCCACAGAGAGGCAUGCCAAGCAGACGAGUGCUCUUCUGUGGACGCUCUGCAUGAGCGACGGCUGGCCUUCCUGAAAAAGCGCUGCAGCUUCCGGUGGAUUUACACUGAGGAGCUGAAGAGCCUCAUCUUCGAAGACUUGUUGUGUGAGGAUGCGGAGCACCGCUCGACAGCUGCUGCCCUUGAGGAAAGCGCUGCCCUGACAAGCCUGGCAGACAAAGCUGCUGCCCAGGUGCUGCCGGAAAUUCCUCCCGAAGCUCAAAGCCCGGAAGAGCUGCUGAGGUGUGUUUGCGCGGAGAACAUGUUGCGGGCUUUGGCUGCAUCGCGCAAAGGACAAGCAGCGCCAGAGUAUGCGCAGCCCUUGGAGCAGGCGCAGCCGCCGACAUCAUGA